AGAGGUCGUCCAGCUGCCCGCCUGAUCAGAAGUGGCUUCGGUUGCGGUUGGCUGGCUGUCAGUCUCUGGGAGCGGUGACAGCUGAACGGGUCGUUUUAUCUUUAGCUUUGUGCCCAAUACAGUCGCCACAAUGUUUGAGGAAGCCAGCGAGGUGUUCGAUAACAUGUUUAAAUCUUCAUUUCCCCUCACCUUCAUCGUCUUCAUCCCGGCGGUGCUGAUCCUGGUGUCUCCGCUCCCGGCCGAGGCGUCGCACGAGUUCACGGUGUACCGCAUGCAGCAGUACGACCUACAGGGACAGCCGUACGGUACCAGGAAUGCCAUCCUGAACACGGAGGCCCGUACUGUGGAGGCAGAGGUGCUAAGUCGUCGCUGUGUAAUCAUGCGGCUGGCGGACUUCUCCUAUGAUAAGUACCAGAAAGCCCUGCGCCAGUCAGCGGGGGCUGUGGUCAUCAUCCUGCCAAGGAACAUGUCUGCUAUGCCGCAAGACAUAGUGCAGCAGUUCAUGGAGUUGGAGCCUGAGAUGUUGGCUACUGAGACCAUCGUCCCCGUCUACUUCGCCAUGGAGGAUGAUGAGCUGCUGUCUAUCUACACACAGACCCUGACCUCCUCGUCCUCACAGGGCUCCUUGUCAGCAGCCGAAGUCCUGCUGCAUACGGCCACAGCCAACGGCUUUCAGAUGGUGACCAGUGGAGCUCAGAGCAAAGCCGUCAGUGACUGGGCCAUCACCAGUUUAGAGGGCCGUCUGGCUGGAGUUGGAGGAGAGGACCUCCCCACCAUCGUGGUGGUGGCCCAUUACGACUCCUUUGGUGUUGCUCCGUGGCUGUCAUAUGGAGCAGACUCAAACGGCAGUGGAGUGUCCAUGUUACUGGAACUGGCCCGACUCUUCUCCAAACUCUACACCUACAAGAGGACGCACGCUGCGUACAACCUGCUGUUCUUUCUGUCCGGUGGAGGAAAGUUUAACUACCAGGGCACCAAACGCUGGCUGGAGGACAAUUUAGACCACACAGACUCCAGUCUGCUGCAGGAUAACGUAGCCUUUGUGUUGUGUCUGGAUACUUUGGGGAACGGAGACUCUCUGCACCUCCAUGUGUCCAAACCUCCCAAAGAGGGAACCCCUCAGUAUUCCCUGCUGAAAGAGCUGGAGGCGGUGAUUACGAGUCAGUAUCCAGAGGUCAAGUUCUCCAUGGUCCACAAGAAAAUCAACCUGGCUGACGACAUGCUCGCGUGGGAGCACGAACGUUUUGGGAUCCGCCGCCUGCCCGCCUUCACUCUGUCCCACCUGCCCUCGCACCGCCUGGCUCAGCGCUCCAGCAUCAUGGACGUGCGGUCAGUGUCCCCCUCCUCUCGCCACGGAGCGGGAGAGCCCCCUGCUGGGCCUCACGUAGAUGUGAAGAAGCUCAGCAGGAACACCAAGCUGGUAGCAGAGGCUCUGGCGAGGGUCGUCUACAACCUUACAGAAAAGGGAGCACCUGGAGACCUGCAGAUUUUCACUGAGCAGAUGCAGGUGCAGGAGGAGCAGCUGUCAGCCGUGGUGGACUGGCUCACGGCGCAGCCCAGAGCUGCUCAGCUGGUGGACAAAGACAGCACGGUGGUGUCCACCCUUGAGUAUCACCUGGGACGCUACCUCAAGGAUGUCAAAAGACACUACGUCAAAGCUGACAAGAGGGAUCCAGAGUUUGUGUUUUAUGACCAGCUGAAGCAGACGAUGAAUGCUUACAGAGUGAAGCCCGCUAUCUUUGACCUGCUGCUGGCUGUCUGCAUCGCAGCCUACCUGGGGAUGGUGUAUUUGGCUAUCCAGAACUUCGGACUCCUGUACAGUGUUGUCCGUAGAAUCACUCAACCCAAGGCCAAGGCCCACUAAGGCGUGCAGCAGCGUUUAUUGCCCCGGACCCUACUGUACCCUUUUUCCUCAAAUUCAAUAAACUCUAGCCAAUAAGACACUGAGGCUGGACCGAGCUGCUGUUGUCACGAUGGUUUUCAAACCAGCAGAAUCACUUCCAUUUCCUUCGUCCCUAAUGCACAAACAAUGAUGUCAGAUCCUGUCUUGCUGCCAACUUUGACCCGUUUGGUCUCAUGGACCAGAAUAAUCAGGAAUCAUUUCAGUCUCCACAGACGUCUCUGUCAUUCAUUCAGUGUGGUCACUCAUGUUGUUUUUAACCUCUAAUGACGGGGGUUAAUCUCACAGGUCAUGAUGAGAUUGGUUGAGAUGUCACGUCGCUGCACCGAUCGCUCCUCGUCCCUCUUCUCGGCGUACUUCACGAACGUUGUGACGUCAUGUGUUGUCUCAGGCAGCUAGAGUGGGAAGCUGACCGCACAGUUUAACCCAGAAUUUCCUUUUGUCAGGAGGGCUGAUCACCAGGGAUCCAAGUCUCUCUAAAUAUAACGCUCACACGAUCAGUCGCUGACGGUUCGCCGUGUCUGAAAUCGUCUAGUGUGUAGACUCUGAGUGGAGAUGUGAGUGUUGUGUCGAGAGCGACUGGAGCGUUUCCUUUGAGUGAAACCCUCAAACACGAGUACUGUUUACGGACAUGACGCCGAUCUGUCUAAAUGAAAUGUGAAGUAGUCUUUAGAUCGUAUCUCCAAGCCUUUUCUUUUUCCCAGUGCAGAAUGAUGAGUAAACCUUUCCCAGAUGAGAACUGAAUAAUACAAAUCCCCUGUCACAUCAUUAAUGUAGUUGUGUAGUGAUAGUUUUCACGUUGGCGUGUCCUUGUUUGCUUUUCGUGCCAUUUGUUUGUUUCCUGGUGCUGUGACGUGUCGUCUUUGUCUGAUUUGCCUUUUUUAAAUCUCCAAACUGAUUUAGAGAAAUGGUCACGCUGGUGGCACGAGCUACUCGGAGAGCUUGUUUCAAAAUGUCACACGGAGCCAUGUUUUUUCUCUCUUAUCUAAUCAAUACAAUAUGCCCCUCCCCUUUUCUAAUCAGUAGAUGGGACCUUUUGCUGACUUGCAAAAAUAUGAUUUGACCAAAUCAGAUAUUUUUUAAAUCCUUGCCCUCGUCUUUGCUUUGGGUGAAAAGUGUUAAUUUGCUUUUUUUUAAAAAAAAUGUAUUUUCUCUGUUACCACAUGACCUGUGACCCCUCCCCCUCCCAAUCAGCAGACCCAUGGAGGGGGAAAUGACUGUGUGGUACAUAUGAGUUAUAAUUUAUUAAAUGGCUUUGUUUUUGUUUCGUGCACUGAAUCUGCUUCACCUCAUCUGCAACACUUGAUCUUUGCAAUGAAAGUGAAAACGGUUGUGAUUAAAAAUAAAUGAUACAUGAAAAACACUCAAAUCAUUCUUUACCCACAUGUUUUAUUUAAUGAGAAAAAAAUGAAACGAUAACAUUGGCUGAAUGGUAUUAAAAUUGUAUUACAAAAAAGCAAGUAUGAGGUUUGUUUUUAUCAAGUAGUCGUGUUUUAGAAAGUGGCCAGAUUUAGUUCAGCUGAAAACCUCGGGGGUCAUUUGUACAUCUUUGUGCAUCAACGGUCCAAAACAAAGUUAAAACACAUUUGAAAUUAAAGCGAUUUCGUUAAUCACCCUUCAGUCACACUGGUAACAAUUGCCAAAUGCACCUUUUAAUUUUGAUCUACUGAUGAACAAUAAAAAUAAUACUAAUAAAUUACAGUGCAAUGCGUAAAAAUACCUGCAGGGCUUUUUCUGGCCCUGUCACUCAGCGCUCCUCUUCGCUCAUCACCGGCUCCCACAGACACUCGCCUCAUCAGCUCGGGUGGAAAUUUUGGCACAAUCAAUUCAUGACAAAGCUUUGGGUCAAAAAGUUUGAGGCAGUUUCUGAAAGUUUGUUUCUGCCACCGAAUUUCUUUUUAUUUCAUUUUUUUGCAAUUGAAAUUUUCAUUAACUCUACCUGGCAUUUUUUUUUUUUUCAGAGGUGGAAAAAAAGUUUCCAUAUUGACCAGAAACAAUCUGAAUGUAAUUUUUGUUUGUUUAUUGGGAGAGGACGAAGCUGAGGUGCCAAGAUCAACGUGUAAUAAUCUGCUUACUGCAGUCUCUUAAAUAAGGUGACUUCUCAAACAUGCCGUUACACUGAUGAGUCUGUGGAAAGUACCCUUUGUGUCAUCACUCCCUAAAACAUUUUUAGUAACUGCAAACCAGCCAACAUACCUGAACAACAACAAAAACACCAGAUGCGACCUCAUCAGUAAGGUCGCCCUGUCAGUUAUGAUGCUUUGGCGACUGUAUGCAUACAGGGACCAAA